AAGUAUUUUUCCUACUGUUUAGAAGACGCCACACAAUGCAUAAACUGGCGAGAUCAUGAUAGAGAGAAGAAUUGGAAACAGAAGAUUGACAAAAACGAAAAUAAUUAAAACUUACGACUCAAUUUUGCUGCUGCCAUGGAUUUCCCGCCAAAAAGGGGGCAUCAACGGAGGCUACAGUUACAAGCAUCUCAAUCAACGCCUGAGAUUCGUGUGAAGCUAAUGAAUCUUGUCUCGCGCCAUGAGCAAGUGAAGAUCGCUCAUCACAACCUCAAAUCACAUAUCGAGAAUGGUUUGCUUCAAGCAAAGGAGGUUUUCGCUUCUCUUGCGACUCCAUUGAUGAAGCUGGUUGGCUUGAAAACUAUGGAAAUGGCUGAAGAGGGGAGAUUCACCACCAUUUUCUUUGAUGCAGAUUACCUUCGCCAGCAGGAAGGCCAGAGGGAAGCUGUCGUAUGCGACUCACCACCGAUUUUGCGGACAACUGCUGCAGAUACAGACCAGAGAAAUGAUAUUCGUAGUUCAGAGGAGGAUAUCUAUGCUGCUAAAGCCACCAAAGUAGGCAAAGAAUUCUUGGAGAAACAACAAAUGCAAUUGAUACAACUUGUUGAAAUCCUUAAGAAAAUUGAAACCCAAGUUAAUUCCCAUGAAAGUGACAUGGUCCAGAACCUUGCCAAUUAUAGAGCAUCCCUACACAAAUUCUUCCAGAAAGCCAUUCAUUGUAUAUCCGCUCUUCAUAGUCAAAACCAUGAUACCUUUCUCCCCUCACUAAAGAUUCUUCGAAUCAUAUUUGAUAACAUGAAUGUAGUGCUUGGUUCAGUAGAGGAUGGUAUAGAGAACCUGAUGCAGGCUUUAGCAGGGCAAAUGUGUGAUCCAAUGGUGAAGUAUGUCAAUAACCUGAAAGCUGAUUUAAAAAAUGGUACAUGUGCACGAUUGAUGACUAUUAUGGAAGAGGUAGAGAGAGCAACGGGAGCUAGAAGACUCGAAUUGGAGGAAGCUAGAAAGAGGGUUAGGAUAGCAGAAGAGGAUAAGAUGAAGGCACUCUGCAGGUUGAAGCAGACAGAAGAUAGGGUGACACGAAUGAAAGGGUGUCUUGGGUUGCUUCUUGAAGCAAGGAAAGAAGCUGCUGAACCUUUUGUUGCUCACAAGUCUGUAGGAUUGGAGAAAGGUGAAGCAAAUGAUGACAAAUUACUCUGGGGGCAACUAGAGAAAAAAGGAAAACAUCUACCACUUGAGAGUCCUAAGGAAUGCUUUGCACCUAAUUACAAGCACAGUAAGCCAACACAGGUAAAACAAGUCUCUCACAGGCCACUUACUCGGUCUCAAUCGCGGCUUAAUCCUCAAACCAAAUUCUUCAAUACUCGGAUUCCCUUGGGCUCAUCACCUUCGGCAGCUAAUCGGCAAGCAAUAAAGUUCAACAAAUCUUCAGCCCGUGCUGAAUAUCGUAAUGAUCUUCAGUGUUUGCCAUAAUCAUUUAUAGCUGGAGAUUCGAAUUUAAAGACAAGACUCGGAAUAAUUUUGCUACGUUGUCAUACCCGACUUUUAAGGUAAAAUUGAAUUUCCUCCUGUAGUUGGUUUCAUCAAUUCUAU